CCGUCCCGCCUUGAACUCUCGCAUUACCAUGACUACAACAUCCGAGAACUCAGUGAAAGAAAGCACAUCGGCAGAGUGAAAGAGGAAGGCAAUAAUAUCUUUUCUUUUCUUUUUUUUUUCCUUCUUAAGUGGAAAACAGUGAGAGCGGGGGGAGAGCAGAGGGAGGGAAGAGACAGAAAAUAUAGUGGAGUAAGUAAGAGAGCUUUUUCAAAGUGUACACAGGAAAGGAGAGCAAGGUGAUACAGAAGGAGCUGAGGAGGGAGAAGAGAGGAGAGGAGGAGGAAGAAGAGGAGAGGAGGAGGAAGAAGUGGAGAGGAGUAAAGGAGUAAAGGACAGAGAGAAAGCUGGCCAUGGGUCUGUGCGCUGUGCUGCUCAUCUGUCUGUCCCAGGCAGAGCUUGCCAGAGUCUGGAGUCAAGAGCUGUCAGGUUCACUGCAUGGACAAUCAGACAUACUGAGAGUCAGGAGAGAUCAACAGGAGUCAAGCCGGAAUACACAGAACAGAACAGGCCAGGAGACAAACGGAGGAGGCUUCGCCAUCGACACACUGCCUGACAACAUGACCAAAGUGGAGGACUCUCAAAAGUAUUACUCCUGGCGUAGCUUUGGCCCUGGAGACGAACGAACUCAGGAGCUUUGGGUGGACCUGAAUUCAGUCCAGGAGGGUCAAGUCAGAGUGCACGGCAUCCUGUCCAACACACACCGACAGGCAGCUCGGGUGGCUCUUUCCUUUGACUUCCCCUUCUAUGGACAUCAUAUGAGGCAAAUCACCAUAGCAACUGGAGGGUUCAUUUUCACAGGAGAGAUUACACAUCGCAUGCUGACGGCCACGCAGUACAUCGCCCCUCUCAUGGCCAACUUUGACCCGAGUUUUUCCAGGAACUCCACAGUCUGCUACCUGGAUAAUGGAGAGGUGUUUGUUGUGCAGUGGGAUAAGGUGAGGCUACAGGGGAGGGAAGCAGAGGGAACCUUUACCUUCCAGGCCGCGCUUCACCGCAAUGGAACCAUUGUUUUUGGCUACAAAGACGUGCCUUUACCAGUGGUAAAGAUCAACUCUACUGAGCACCCAGUGAAGAUUGGUCUGUCUGAUGCCUUCAUGGCCUAUAUUUCUUCCCCACAAUCCCCAGAAUCGAAAAGGCGGACAAUCUAUGAAUAUCAUCGGGUUGAAGUCAACACCACUGAUAUUGUCAGUCGCUCCGCAUUUGUGUUCAGCCCGCUACCCACGUGCCUCCAACACACCAACUGUGACCAGUGCACCCACUCCAACCUCACCACAGGCUGUGGCUGGUGCAACAUCCUGCAGAGGUGUUCAGAUGGAAUAGACCGGAAUAGACAGGAAUGGCUUGAAUUCAGCUGCUCAGACGAGGCGAAGGAGGGCACAUGUGAAGAUUACAGUCAGGGAGGUGCAGACAGUUCGAUGAGUCCAUUCAGCUCCCCCGUUCCUGCUGCUACACCGUCCCCUGCAGCUAGGCCAGGCAGCCCUGUCACCAAGGACGACACCAAACUUCUCUUUCACAACCAUGAUAAUGAUGUGCAGAACGGUUCUUCUGGUGAGGAGGAACCUCCAGAACACACUGCAAUUAUUGCGGGUGUAGUGGCAGCCCUGGUCCUACUCGUCUUCUUGACCCUGUUGGCCGUGUACUAUAUAAACACACACCCCACUGUCGCCCCACCAUUCUACCUCAUGCAGCGCCGAACCAAUAACUAUUGGCCGUCCAUGAAGUUUCGCAAUCAGGGUUGCCAAUCCAGCUACGCUGAGGUUGAACUUGGGUUUCAUGAAAAGGAUGGCUUUAUUGAGGCGGAGGAGUGUUGAGGAGGCUGGACUUCCUCCACAGAACAACCAAUUAAUCUCUGUUUUUUGGUAAAAGUUCAAAAAAAAGACACUGAGGAGCUGUUAACCGCCACAUGAACGGACACCGGAAUCUGUGGAUAGUUACCCUGCAAGCUUUCUCUGCCUCCAUAGAUUUGACUGUUUUUUCUGAAAGCCUCUUAUUCUAUUUGUUUAUUCCUUUUAUCAAGGAACAAGCAGUGUUAAUGGCAAAUGUGCCAGCUACGCUCUUGGAAAAGGUGAGAAGAAUGGCACAUGCAUUAACCAUGAAGAGUCCUGCAGUUAUUGUACAGUAUGAUACAACUUUGUAGAAUUUCAUUUUUUUUUAGAAAAAAAAAAUGUUUUGUGUUUUAUAUGUUCAAUGAGAAAAAAAAAUACUCAGUUAGCCACAAGGACUGAACUGCACUUUAAAAGAAUUAUCUCAGUAGUAAUAGUGUUACCAUGUGAUCAUUUUUUUGUACUUUUGUUUUUUAUUAUUUGUGCCCUAGGAUCAAGUUUGAGAUAUCAAUAUUGCAAGCAUAGCACCCUUAUGAAUAGAUGAAUAAAAAACAUAAACUACAAAAAUUUUAUUGAGCUUUUAAGGAGGCAGUUUGUGUCGGUUAGAGCUUUCUACUGCCUAUGAGGUGAACUGCAAUGAUUCACUGACAAGCUUAAAUGACAAAUAAAUUCACCCCCUAGCAUAACCAAGCCAUUCUGUGAAAAAUUUAUUUUUUCUGUUUCUAAGGGAAAGGGACAUAGCUGAAUUACUCUUUUACAGCUGGAGGCGUGUCUGGUUUCUGCAACAGAAAAAAUGUGAAAAGAAGUAUAAAAUAAAAUGAUUUAAAUUAGUCAUAAUUAAAAUUAUAUGAUUCUAUGGGGAAUUAAGUUAGGUACUUAGAUUUUAGUUGGACUUCAGUUAAACAUUGACUGACUCAUGACUAAAAAUGGACUCAAGACUAAAUUCUAUUUUGGAUAAUAACAUAAGCACAAACACUAAUCAAUUAGGACUUGAGAUAUGACUCAGCCUACAGUUGAGAGACCUCUGACUUAGAUUGAAUGUGCACUGCAGAUGUGACUUUGACCUGCAAAACUGACUUGCAGGCAUCUCUGUUAAAGGUCUAGAAAAUUUUCAAGCUUCUUUAACAUGCACCUUUGAAAAGAACAAUAAAGAUCUUAUUACCCAAGAAUGAUGAGGGGAAAAAUAUAUAAAUGGAAUGCAGUUCCAAUCAGGGAAAUGGUUUUACAUUACUUUCUAACAUAUUACAGUUUUGACAUAACUCAUAUGCACUAAUUGCUACAAUUUAUAAUUGUAAUUGCAUGUCAGAUGUUUGGUAAAAAGUUCUGAUUAUGACAUGGGCAAAACUGGUAUAUUGUUUGAGGUAAAAAUGUCAUUAAAAUUCAUUUUGAAUAUAAAGUGUGCUUUUAGUGAACCAAUAAAGUAAAAAUAAUGUUUUGAAAA